GACUGGGUGAAGGGGUUGUUGUUGAGGAUGAGGUGGAUCCAGGGAAUACUGGUCAUGUUAGCACUGAAAGAGAAAUAGAUGCGCUAAUUAAUGCUGAUUCAGUUGUCAUUGAUCCUUGCCCAGAUAUCGUAUCUGAAGGAGCCAUCCAGAGUUCUGAAAAGUUAAAUCAACCUGAUGAUUUAAGUGAUCAUGAAAAUGGCAAGCUAAGUGUGGACUCUUCACUAGAGGCUGAAGCAGAGUCUGAAAAGUCAAAGAAUAUUAUUCAAACAAAAAAGCAGGAAGCACAGAAAGAUUUGAUCAGGGAAAAUUCAUCUCUGAAUUCUCCAAAGGCAUUGUUAAAGAAAUCUUCUCGUUUCUUUUCUGCGUCAUUCUUCUCCUUCACUGUAGAAGGGAGCGAGUUCACACCAGCAUCUGUUUUCCACAGUCUGAUCGAGUACACAAGAAGGCAAUUGCCUAAAGUGGUACUUGGGUUACUACUCUUUGGGGCAGGGGUCACCUUCUAUGCCAAUCGUAUUGAGAGGAAUUCCCAGCUACUGCAACAGUCAGAUGUGAUCACCACCAGUAUUGAAGAAGUUUCCUCAAGUGCAAAGCCCAUGAUCAGACAAAUACGAAAACUUCCUAGAAGAAUUAAAAAACUAAUCUCAAUGAUUCCUCACCAAGAGAUCAAUGAGGAGGAAGCUUCCCUUUUCGACGUAUUGUGGUUGUUGCUUGCAAGUGUUAUAUUCGUGCCCAUAUUUCAGAAAAUUCCCGGAGGCAGUCCAGUUCUUGGAUACCUAGCUGCUGGGAUCCUGAUCGGGCCAUAUGGUCUCUCUAUAAUUCGGCAUGUGCAUGGGACAAAAGCAAUUGCUGAAUUUGGAGUUGUUUUCUUGCUAUUUAACAUUGGCCUUGAGCUGUCUGUUGAAAGGCUGAGUUCCAUGAAGAAAUAUGUUUUUGGAUUAGGAUCUGCUCAGGUCCUGGUGACAGCUGUUGCAGUUGGCUUGGUUGCCCAUUUUGUUGCUGGACAGCCUGGUCCUGCUGCACUAGUAAUUGGCAAUGGGCUGGCAUUGUCCUCAACUGCCGUUGUCCUGCAGGUUUUACAAGAGCGAGGUGAAAGCACCUCUCGCCACGGACGCGCUACAUUUUCUGUCCUGCUUUUCCAGGACUUGGCUGUAGUUGUUUUGCUGAUACUCAUACCACUUAUUUCACCAAAUUCAUCCAAAGGAGGGGUUGGCUUUCAAGCUAUUGCUGAAGCUCUAGGGCUUGCUGCUGUUAAAGCAGCAGUUGCCAUUACUGCUAUAAUAGCUGGCGGACGCUUGCUACUUCGACCAAUUUAUAAGCAAAUUGCAGAAAAUCAAAAUGCGGAGAUAUUCUCUGCGAAUACACUCCUUGUUAUUCUUGGGACAAGUCUCCUCACAGCUAGGGCUGGACUUUCCAUGGCACUGGGAGCAUUUUUGGCUGGUUUACUCCUUGCAGAGACAGAAUUUUCUUUGCAAGUUGAAUCAGAUAUUGCUCCAUAUCGUGGUCUUUUGCUGGGUCUCUUCUUCAUGACGGUUGGAAUGUCUAUUGAUCCAAAGCUUUUAAUAUCUAAUUUUCCGGUCAUUAUGGGAACACUGGGACUAUUGAUAGGUGGCAAGACUAUAUUGGUCGCACUAGUUGGUAGGCUUUUUGGUAUUUCAAUCAUAUCUGCAAUAAGGGUUGGCCUACUGCUAGCUCCAGGUGGAGAAUUCGCAUUUGUUGCUUUUGGUGAAGCUGUUAAUCAGGGUAUAAUGUCUACUCAAUUAUCGUCCUUGCUGUUUCGGGUGGGCAUUUCAAUGGCCCUUACACCAUGGCUAGCUGCUGGAGGGCAGUUAAUUGCUUCUCGUUUUGAGUUGCAUGAUGUUCGAAGUUUACUGCCUGUUGAGAGUGAGACAGAUGACUUGCAAGAUCAUAUAAUCAUUUGUGGAUUCGGACGUGUUGGCCAGAUCAUAGCUCAGCUUCUAUCAGAACGACUUAUUCCAUUUGUUGCUCUUGAUGUGAGGAGCGAUCGAGUGGCUCUUGGGCGUGCUCUGGACCUUCCUGUCUAUUUCGGAGAUGCUGGCAGUAGAGAGGUACUUCAUAAAGUUGGUGCUGAAAGAGCAUGCGCUGCAGCAAUAACCUUAGAUACACCUGGUGCAAACUAUAGAACUGUUUGGGCUCUGAGCAAGUAUUUCCCUAAUGUGAAGACUUUCGUUCGUGCUCAUGAUGUUGAUCAUGGACUUAACUUGGAAAAGGCUGGAGCUACAGCUGUUGUCCCAGAGACUUUGGAACCAAGUCUGCAAUUAGCAGCUGCAGUACUUGCACAGGCUAAACUGCCCAUGUCAGAGAUUGCAGCAACAAUCAAUGAGUUUAGAUCUCGCCACCUAUCUGAGCUGACUGAGCUGUGUGAGGCAACUGGGAGUUCCCUUGGAUAUGGAUUUUCCCGGAUGAUGAUUAAACCCAAAAUUCAACUCUCGGAUUCGGAUGAAAACCAAGUCACUGAAGGAACACUGGCUAUUUGAAAAGCACCCAGGAUCCCAUAUGAAGAACUGUAUAGCAGGUCACAUGUUUUACUUGGUAUAAACUGUAUAGAUAUAGAAUUUUAGAUUUUUCUUGUUUUGGGGGUGGGGUGUUGGGGGAAGGGGAAAACAAUUAAAGGCAUAAUCCAACAUUUUCUCAUUUUCGGUUAGAUAAAUUUUGGUAGAUAUGAUGGAAGGGAAAGGAAUUUUGCUUCUUGUCAUCAUUCCUUACGGAAAUAGACGGGGUUCCAUGUGUUGAUUGGGAAGAGACAGGAAGAGAACAUAAAACUUGUCAUAACCAAACAAUUAGUCUCUCCGUGAGACUUUCUUCUUAUCAAAAAAUAUAUGUACAUUUCCUGAGAACACAAAUGGUAGUGGGACAGACGCCGAUUGAAUCUUAUCAGUUGUAUUGUUACGGAGCAGUCAUUCUCCUCUAUUGAAACCCAAAAUUGAUGUGAAGCUGGUGUUUGGGAAUGAAGAUGAUGACGUUUGGCAAAA